AUGCCUCUUGUGGCCCAGCACAGGACCUCGUCGACAUGUCCAGCGUCACUGACCAAGGCGUCGCUAAGCCUAGACUAUCUCGCCGAGGGCGCCGCCAACAUCAUCUAUAGCGUUGCAGUCACCACACCCGCAUCGUUGAUCGAACACUCCAACUGCUGUGUGUUGCGACUGCGCAAAGACCUCUCGUUCACGAAGCCGAGCGAGGAGGUGAUCGCCGAUUUCAAAAACUCAAUCUCUCCACUAUUCAGACACGACCCGAGCUUACUGCUCGAGCAUUCGCUGUACGAUCUGACGCCAGACCUCGUCGCAAAACUCAACGAAGAUCUUCACGAGAUGGACAACGUCGACCUCUCGGCCCUGACCGCCAGCGGCGUCCUCGCACAGGGCAAGAGUAUCCGGCACCACCACCGCCGCCACGUGUACCUCCCGGCCUUUGAGGCCGAGCAGCACGGCAUUCUGAUGCAAAACCUGCAAGGCCCCGGCAUCGACUGGCUCGUCGAGUUCAAGCCGAAAUGGCUGCUGCAGAGCCCCAGCGCCCCAGCUGACGCACGAAACUGUCGCACUUGCGCGCUGAACGCGAUGAGGCGCAAAGCAGGGAAAGCGCAAGGGCGCGGAGACUCGGGGUUCUGCCCGAUGGAUCUCCUCUCAAAGGACGACGACGACACCGUCCUGCAGAAAGCUUUGGCGCGCAUCUGGCCUGUGGAAGACGGCAUCGACAAGUUCGUCACUGCGUUCCAGAAAAAGGUCCAACCCGCGCUACGACAUCUGCUCACGCUGCAGCAGAAAUUCAACGACGUCGGCGUGCAAGACUUCAAGAACCCAGACGCCAAUCAGUUCGGCGUCGCCAUGGCGCUGCGGGACUGUAGUGUGUUUCUGGCGCUAAAACGGACGGACGAUCCCGACGGCCAAGCCCUCGAAAUCAGUGACGUGAAGUUCGCGGAUCUCGAUCUGAAAUCGACCGAGGGAGGGAAAGUAGAGAAAUGGGCCAAGAUGGAGCAGGUUCUUCUGGAUGGUGGCUGGUACUAUCAUACCGUGGAAGGCUCGGAAUGUGCCAUCAGUCGGGGCGCUGGAGCUUGA